CUGAACAACCUCGACAAGCUCAAGUUCUUCCUCGCGACCGCGCCGUCGCGCUGGAACUCGGACCCCACGCACCCGGCGCUGAACCGGUUCCUGCUCCCGAACCAGGAGUACGUGAGCUGCGUGCUCUGGGGCGGGCUGUACCACAUCACGGGCACGGACAUCGUGCGCGCGCUCGUGUUCCGCUUCGAGGCGUUCGGGCGGCCCGUGCGCAACAUGAAGAAGUUCGAGGAGGGCGUGUUCAGCGACCUGCGCAACCUCAAGCCGGGCGUCGAUGCGUGCCUGGAGGAGCCCAAGUCGCCGUUCCUCGACCUGCUGUUCAAGUACCAGUGUAUCCGCACGCAGAAGAAGCAGAAGGUGUUCUACUGG